AUGAAGCUAAAUGUAUUCAUCUAUCACAAUUUUGUAAUGGAAUUGUGGAUUGCACUGAUCAUUCGGAUGAGCAUCAUAAAUGCGAGGAAUAUGACAAGUAAAAUGCGUCUAGUUACCUUCGAUAAUUUACUUAACGCAUCAAGUUGGGUAAUCACUCCGCCUACCACAUGCGACACGACCGCAACGCACAUGCUGCGCGUACGCACGCGGCAUAAUAUCACCUGUCACUAUGGAGUUGGCCUAACCUACGAUGGUCCUGUGUGCUAUUGUCCAACAGACCAAAUUUCUCAAGGUGACAGUUGUGUGGCUGAGGACAAAUGUGGCCGGAGAUUUAAAGGUCAUCCCCCAAUUUGCUCACAAAUGUGUCAAAAUUUGCCAAAUGGUAUAACGGAAUGCGAUUGUUAUGAGGAUUUUAGGCCUAAUGGAAGUUACUGUAAUCCUCGUGAAACAAUUGGUAGUUUUGUGGCAGUAUUGGGAAACAUGUUUGUGAUGACAUCAACUAUUCAAUGGGAAAGUUUCCCAACGAAGUUCCAAAGGACAAUCAAUCAGAAUAGAAGGAUGAUAGCAGCAGCUGCUGACACGAAAAGAAAUUGGAUUUGUUAUGUAAUGGCUGCCGUAAAAGCGGACCCAUUAACCUAUGCUUUCAUGGAGUGUUCGAGUAUCGCUAAGAAAGCAUCAAAAAUUGUGGAAACCGACAUUACUGCAAGCUUUCCAUUGGAUGACGUUCGCACAAUUUAUCAUGAUCCUAUUGGUGAUAAUUGGUUGUUUCUAAUUGGACGAACUCGAUUGCUCAUC